AUGCUAGGUAAGAUUCUCAAGAUUGUACAUGAGUUCCAGCAACUUGCAGAUAAGAAAGAUUGUACUCCUGGUCAAUCGGCACUUGCCUGGGUGAUUACUCAAGAUGCCAUUGCCAUACCCGGCACCAAGUCCGCCACUAGAGUGGAGGAGAAUUGGAGGGCUGGAGAUUUCGAUUUGAGCAAAGAUGACUUAAGAAGAUCCGGGCAUUGA